GCCAAACGUGCGCUUAACCGUGUAUGAACCAUGCCCUGAUCCGAUCUGUCGUUCUCCUCCGUUUCCCUCGUCACGCAAACGGAUCGUCAUGCUCCUCGCGAUCAUUAAUUCAUUUGAAGGAAAUUAGGGUUCCUAGCUUCAGAGUCAAAUCGAAUUCCAGAACGGUCAGAUUCACAUCAACGCUCGGUAGCUCAUGGCGUCCUCCAGUAAGCAAUCUGCCGUCGAAGCCGAUGACCAAGAACAGGAGUUUGAACGGUUUGAUGAUUUCACUGUCGCCUCUUCAUGGGAAAGGUUCAUAUCAGAAAUAGAAGCUGUUUGUCGACAAUGGUUGGCUGAUGGUCCAAAAAAUCUGCUGGAAAAGGGUGCUGCUUGUUUGGGCUUUUCAAAGAGCUUAUAUACAGUCAAGUUUGAUUUGAAGUAUGCUACAAAAAGCUAUUGCAUGGAGUACUACUUUGAAACCAAAAAUGAUGGUAAAGAAGCAGACUGGAGUGGCACUUUGCAUGAUGUUCAGUUGUCAUUUGGGGUGAAGGAAUUUCUGGUGAUUGCACCUCAGAGUGCCAGCGGUGUGGUUCUUGAUGCACCAGAGGCUAGCAAGCUCUUAAGUGCAGUUGCUAUUGCAUUGUCAAAUUGUUCAAGUUUGUGGCCAGCAUUUGUACCAGUGCACGAUCCUUCUAGGGAAGCAUACAUUGGGAUCCAGAACAUGGGAACAACUUUUACUAGAAGAUUUGAGGCUGAUCGUAUUGGUAGACAGGUUCCUUUGAAACUCAUGCACUUGGAGGGGUUACACGAAUUAUUUAUUUCAAAAUUUGUCUUCUCCACAUUGGAUCUUUCAGCACAUCCUUUCAAAGUGUACUUUAGGAUGAAGCUAACCUACAAAACUAUUCCCUAUGAUGAUGACAAUGAUGAAGUGCAGCAGGCUACUGAAAUUAGUGAAUCUGGUGCAAAUUCAGGAGGUGACAUCCGCAACAAAACACAAUGGGACGAUGAUUGUCCUUGGAGUGAAUGGUAUUCUGGGGAGGACCCUAUAAAAGGAUUUCACUUGAUUGCCACAUGGUCAGAGAUGACCAUUGAAAAUUCUCUGGAAAUGGCUGAAUUAGAAAAUGCUUCACCCUUUGAAGCAGAGAAGUGGUUCAUACUUCCAGACUUGUCUCCAAAUUUCACUGAUGGAUCCAGUGGAAACACAACUGGAUUUGCUUCACAAUUGCAUCUUUUGGUGAAUGCAUUGGAUAUGUCCUUUCAGGCUCAAUUCAUCGAAGAUUUUGUCUCAGCAGUUGAAACUCCUGGAUCUGACAAUUUGAAGUCUUCCGCUAUCAUACCUCCACCAACUGUUCUUGACCGUGUGCUUAGAGAUCUCUUUCAUGAGGAAGUGCAGCCUUCUGAUUUGACAGAGGGUGACCAUAAGAAUUCACGAGCUAUUAAGGGUGCACCACUUGAGUCACUUUUUGCACAGUUCUGUUUACAUUCGCUUUGGUUUGGCAACUGCAACAUACGUGCUAUAUCAGUGCUCUGGGUGGAGUUUGUGAGAGAAGUUCGUUGGUGUUGGGAAGAAUCACAACCUUUGCCCCGGAUGCCAAACAAUGGUGCAAUUGACCUUUCAACUUGUUUGGUCAAUCAGAAACUACACAUGCUUGCAAUAUGCAUUGAGAAGAAACAACGAAUAAGUAAAAAGUAUCAAGAUGGUGUUAUAGACAAGGAUCUUACUUCUGCUCCAGUUGAGGUGGCUGGCCAGAUGAAUGGGGAUUUCUCUCACAAACAGGAAUCUGGUGGAGGUUUUGUUGGGGAACAAGACAGCUCCUUGACGUCAGAUGGUUUGCAUCACCCUGAAAUAUCUAGUUUUAAUUCUGAGGCUCAGAAUGUUGACAGAUCUGCUAAUCGUGUAAAGAGGGGGUCAGCUGGUGCUGUGGAUAUGCUGCUUCUAAAAUCAAAACAGAACAUGCAUGUUCCAUUUACCCAGGAUGCACCAGUUAUGACAGAAGACAUGCAUGAAGAGCGACUCCAUGCCGUUGAAGACUUAGGUGAUUCAUUUAACUUCUCUGCUCAGUUGGAGAGAGAUAUAUUAUCUUCAGACAUGUCAGCCUUCAAAGCAGCAAAUCCAGAUGCUGUAUUUGAAGACUUCAUCAGAUGGCAUUCACCUAGAGAUUGGGAGAAAGACGACCUUGGAGAGAUUAGAGAGGUUCCCAAAAAAGACGCAAUGGAAGGGUUAAAAAAUGAUUGGCCUCCUCGAGGACAACUUUCAGAGAGAAUGUCUGAACAUGGGAAUUCAUGGCGAAAAAUUUGGAAUGAUGCACCUGCUUUGCCAGUCUCUGAGCAAAAGCCACUUUUGGACCCCAACCGAGAGGGAGAAAAGGUUCUUCAUUAUUUGGAAACAUUGCGACCACAUCAACUGCUGGAACAGAUGGUUUGCACGGCCUUCAGAGCUUCAGCUGACACUCUAAACCAAACUGCUUUUGGUGGCUUAAAGCAGAUGGCCACCAAAAUGAGUCAACUCUAUCUUACCAUGGCUUCUACACUGAGGCCUCUGCAAGCAAAUCAUAUCUCUGUCAACGGUGAGAUCACUGAAGAUCUGAGACGGCUUUGUGUUGUUUUUGAACACGUUGAAAAGUUACUGGCUGCUGCAGUUUCUCUUCAUCGCAAGUUUUUGCAAGCACCACGCCUGUCAGAAGCAGUUUUCAGCGACUACUACAGCUUUUACCAGCCAAAAAUGGGGACAGGAACUACUGAAGGGAACACGGAAUUCGACAAGCAGCAGCAAGUAAGGAUGGAUGAGAGAGAGGUGGUUGCAUCCAUGUUUACACAACCAACUGCUAACCAGUCGUGGAGGAAAGUGCUAAGCAUGGGCAAUCUUUUGAAUGGGCACGAACCAGUCCUCCGGGAGAUCAUAUUUUUGCUGCGCGACAGAGUGAGAGGCAGUUAUCAUGCAGCCGCCCCGGCUCGUAGAGGUUACCGAGAAGAAAUAGAAACAUAUCGAAUGUAUAUUUGUGGAACCUCGAAUGAUCUCCGAGUAGCACUUUCUGUUGCCUCUUGUGAUUAAUGUUGGAUUCCGAUUCACGAACAUGUCUUUUAUGGAUUUUCUUUCUCCAUUUUCUUGUGAAAUAUGUCUAACGUAUUCUUCACGCUUGGGUUGGUGAAUUUACCAUCCCCAAGAAAUGAAUUAAUGCCGCCACUGCGUUUCCUACAA